CACUCAAAUCACCUGGCUUCCCUCUGCCCUGUUUGCCCAUACUGAGACCAGUGAAAAGCUUUGUGCCCAGCCAUGGAGCAGCUGGGAACAUCCCAGUCCUUCACCAUCAGGACACAAGUCUCUGUUUUCUCUCAGUGGGGACAGACCUGGGCAAGACACCAGGCGUGAUGGAAGAAGUUGGAAUGCUCCUGGACUUCUGGUGAAGAGCCAACAGCUCUCUGCAACACCUUUACUGAUAGUGUCUCUGUCUUGCUUGGUAAAACAACUUGGAGAAGCUGUAAGUAGGAUCCAUACAACCCACCUGGCUAUGGAAAAGGCCCAAGGAAAACAGUGCCAUACCCACAAAAGUAGGAAAGAUGUAGGGAUGGUCAGGAGAGCAAGCGGUCCCUGCCGUCAGAGGUGUGAGGGUUGGUACGGGACGUUUCCCUCCCCAUCCUGCUAUAUUUGUUCAGUGAGAACCAACAGGGUCCUGGCUGAGCAAUGUGGAAAAGGAUUGAUAGAAACAGACCUUCACCUGUCCACUGAUGCUCUUGGUUGUUGGAAAGGUGCAGAUGAAGUAGUGGCAAAUUUCUUAUCGGCUGUUAAGUUCUGUAAGUGUUGGUGGAGUUGGACUGGAAUUGAGGAAAGUCUGAUACUUCCAAUAGAUAUUCCAGGCUGAAAUGAAUCAGAAACUGGAAAGUUCCCAGAAAAUACUUAUUCAGCCCUCUGAGCCAGGCAAAACAAGCUCUCCAGAGGGGACCAGCCCAUUUCCCUGUGAUUUCAACGUUUUGUGAAAUGUCUUUAAAAUUCAUUCAGAGCAGUGUAGUUAACAUACCUCAUUUUGUAAACUGUUUUGAAAAAGCACAUCAGAGCGUUUGGUUCCAAAAAAAUGAACAGAUGCAACUGUCAGGAUUUGGUCUUUUCUAUUUUAAUGGAAAUGGAGUCAAAGCUGACUUAAAAAUAAUUAUUACCAAUUUAGAGGGAUGAUAGUUUAGUUAUAGAAAAUUUCUGUCAAAACCCAGCCUGCUUGAGAGCCGAAGGUGUUGGAUGGAGUGUGAUGGCGGUGAGUCAGUGCAGUUUUCUUUUUGCAAGGAAAGACAGCGGAGCUUUUGCUGGGGACAGGAGUGGCCUGUCUGAGUUGGUCCAACUGCCUUUCUUCUGUGAUGGUCCAAAGUGAGGGUGCUGUUGUGGAUGGUACAGUGAACUCCCAAGCCAGCUGCUACAGGCUGACUCUUCCUGCGGAAAGGGUCUUGGCUUUAACCCCACUGGUGAGUUUGACCUUGGACUUGGGUUGAUUCAGGUGCAAAAAAAAUUGCAAAGAUGUUGCUCUUGGCCUUGGUUGUUUAGUGCACGGCAGUGCAAUGUGGAGGAGCGAACGCUGAGCUAUGAGUCAGGCAGGUCCGUCUCCUCCAGCAUGGACUUGGGACAUACCUUGGCUUCCCUGCCUCAGUUUCCCCAUGCGGACAGUGGUCUCUUUCUCAGCAGACUUUUCUCCCAAGCACCCCUUGCUCCCCUUUGGCUAGUUGUGGGUCCACACAAAGCCACCCGCUGUGACCCAGCCCAUCUGCCCCAGUGCAGCUGCUCCCCUCCGUGGCAGGGACACCUUAAUUCCGUAUGGCUCUUGGAGUGCCUGAGCAGGUCUACUGUGUGAGGGUGCAAAACCAGCUUGGAUUUUGAAACCAUCCCAGUCCUGAGGAUGGAGUUAACCUUCGCUCCCUCCAGUCACUCCCCACUGGCCGCAUCCUUGCUGCAGGCUGUGGCAGGAGCUGUGGGGCUGCCUGUGGCCAUGCUGUGCAUGGCUUUGUGGCAGCAGGAGCUGUACCUCCGGUUCCCAAAGGAGGUGGAGAUGCUCACACAUUAAUAGGGAAAGGGGCAUCCUCAGCAGCAUCCAGCCACCUGGAAACGCAGCUGCACCUGCUGAUAAAUCUGCCCUUUGAAACACCAAGUCAGUCCGGACACAGCUGGCUCUGGCUCUGUUAAAUAUUUGCUGAGCAUCUGAAGGGCAGGAUCAGAGCACAGGUCCCAGUGCACAAGUGGAUGUGGGAAGCCAAUCCCCUGACACUUCCCAGCAUGGGGAAAAAUCUUCCCACAACUGCUGCCACAUAGGCAAAGAGCCCACCUGUACCUCAGGAAGCCCCUGCGUGGAUUCCCGGAGGCUGGGAGAGGGCUGGUAUUGCCGUGUGCUGACCUGUUCAGGUGCCCCUGCCAGAGGCAUCUGCUGCAGCCAGCACCAUGGGCUAGGAGCAGGACGGGCUGCAGGCAUGUCCCCAAGUCCCCGCUUUUGUAAAACCAGCAGUUCCUUGGCUGAGGAGCCAUCCUCUGAGCAAGGGUGCCACUGGAAGGGAACGCGGUAAAAGGUCAGCUUCAUUUGGUACCGUGCUGUCAGCUCUGGACACUUACCGAACUCUUACACCUGCUAAGAACAGACAUGACAACGGAUGAAAAAUCAAGCAUUAGAGGACUACCUGGCCCUGGUGGGAAAAGACUCUUCACCUUCCUUUCCACAUCCGGUUCCUCACUCUGUUGAAGCAGGAUCACGUUCUGGGCCUCUGGCCAUCAGGUGCAACCUUGCAAAGUUUUGCAAUGCCCCAUCUAGCUGCCUAGAAACCUUUUUCAAGAUGGGACCCAUAGGAGGACCCACCAUCCCCAACUCACAAAGAUGACAGACAGACCGUGGCAUUUGUUUUGGGGCUGAUGUUAGCUGGGUUGUUGGCUCCGGCUCAGCGCAUGGUUCUUGUGUGCUUGUAGUGAGUGGCAGCUGUGCUGGAAAGACCUCAGACACCAGCUGCCUCAACAUCUGUUGGAAACAGUUUGCUUCUGGCCUGCAGCCCUUGGGAUUUUCCACUCCUAAGGCAAUAGCAGCGUGCUUUGUCAUGGGGUAGGACACGGUGCAUGCAGACGUGAUGGCGGUGCUGAGCCCUGCCCCACAGGUCUCCUGAAACAGCCUCUGGCCACCAUGGGAGCAGCACAGGCUACGGGAUUUGAUGAGUGAGUGGGGUACCCCACAGCUAUGCAUCCUCUUGUCGGAUCGUUCCCCAUCCCUGUGCAGGGAAGUCUUAUGAUUUCAAGCUGUUUUUUCCUCUUCUCCCAUUGUCCUCUCAGGCUCCGCAGGAAAUAGAAGAGCAGCUAUUUCCUUGCUUCUUUUGUUCAACUGGUCCCACAGCCCUUCCUCCCCAGCAGAGAACUUCCCACAGUCCAAAAAGCCCCUAUAAACCCGAUGCCCCAAGGUUCAAUGGACAAACUUCACCUUUUUCAUUUCCCAGUCAAUCAUUCUCCACUGCACGCUCCACUGAAGGCAGCUUUGCAGGGGUCAGCUUUGGACUUACAAACUAUUUGCUGACCUGAGGCAGUGAUGCUGGGAGGGGGGACAGGUCUGGGAAGGCAGGGAAGGUCUCCUGCUCCUGCCUUGCUUUUCUUUCUCACUCCAUCCCCAGAGAUCAGAAGGCCACGUCAUGAUCCAGCAACAGCUGAGACAGCUCCUGCCAGAGAGGGAGGUGGAUCCUUCUGCUGCCCUCACCCUGCUCUGCGGCUCGGCGGCAGCCGCGGUGGUCUGGAAAUGGCUGGGCAAAAGGCAGAUCCAGAAGAAAAUGGAAGAGGCUCGGAGAACCCGGGAUGAGGGCGUGAAGAAAAUGGCAAAGGCUGUCCAGCAGUUCAGGGAGCAGGUUCCCAGUGUCCAGACGGAUGCCAUCCUCUCCCUGCCCCUGCUGGAACUCACUGGGAGACUGCGGGAAGGGUCUCUGUCCCCCAAGACCGUCCUCUACACCUACUUAGAGAAGGCCCUGGAAGUGACUCAGCAGACAAACUGCGUGCGACAUUUCAUCCCAGAGUGUGAGGAGCAGCUCCAAGAAAUACAACGGCAGAGGGAGAAAGGGCUGCUCUAUGGCAUCCCCAUCAGCAUCAAGGAUCACAUCAGCCACAAGGGGCACCUGUCGACCUGUGGGCUUGUGCAAUGCCUGGGCACUCCAGUGCAGGAGGACAGCGUCCUAGUCAAGGUUUUGAAGAGACAGGGGGCCAUCCCAUUUGCAAUGACCAACGUGCCCCAGUCCCUCUUCAACUACGACUGCAGCAAUCCCACCUUUGGCCAGACCUUGAACCCCUUCAACCACCAGAAGAGCCCCGGGGGCUCCUCGGGAGGGGAGGGAGCUCUGAUCGCAGGGGGAGGCUCCAUCCUGGGCAUCGGCUCGGACAUGGGUGGCAGCAUCCGCCUGCCCUCCAGCUUCUGCGGGCUGUGCGGGCUCAAACCCACCGCCGAAAGGCUCAGCCUGUCCGGAGCAGGUGUCCCAGUCGGUGGGAUCGUGGCAGUUCGUUGUGCACUGGGGCCGAUGGCAAGGGACGUGGACAGCCUGGCCCUCUGCAUGAAGGCGCUGCUCUGCGAGGAGAUGUUCCGGCUGGACCCCACCGUGCCCCCUAUCCCCUUCAACGAGGAGGUGUACUCCAGCUGUGCUCCCCUGCGCAUCGGCUACUACGACACAGACGGCUACUUCCCGCUGCCCCCCUGCAUGCGGCGGGCAGUGCAGGACACCAGGGGGGCUCUGCAGGCAGCCGGGCACCAGCUGGUGCCCUUUUCUCCACCUCGGAUCCACCACGUCAUGACUGAACUGUUUCUGAAGACCUUUUUUGCUGAUGGAGGCCGUGCUUGGUUGGACAUGUUCACAGGAGAUACUGUAGAUCCAAACUUGAAAUCACAGGUGAACUGCUGCAAGAUCCCGAGGGUGGGGAAGAAGCUACUGGCUCUGAUUCUUAAACCUCUGUUUCCCCGCCUGGCUGACUAUCUGAGCGCCUUGGGUGGAAUGAGGUCAGUGAAGGAGAUGUGGAAUCAUCACCAUCAAAUAGAGGCAUACCGCACCGAGUUCAUCGCCCGCUGGAGGGAACUUCGGCUGGACGUUGUGCUGUGCCCUGUCCUGGGGCCUGCCUUCACCACAGGAUACCCCGGGAAACUCCUCACUGCCAUCUCCUCCACGAUGCUGUACAAUGUCUUGAACUUCCCCGCUGGAGUUGUACCUGUCAGCACAGUGACAGAAGCUGAUGAGGAAGAGCUAAAGCUUUACCAAGGAUGCUGUGAUGACCCCUGGGACCGGACACUGAAACAGGCUGUGGCAGGAGCCGUGGGGCUGCCGGUGGCUGUGCAGUGUGUGGCCUUGCCGUGGCAGGAGGAGCUGUGCCUCAGGUUCAUGAAGGAGGUGGAGACCCUCAGCCAGGAGAAGCGAGCAGCAUAGUCUCCGUGGUCCCACGCCUGCGGGGCCAGCGGCAAGGCAAAAGGGACACCAUGGACAACUUCUCUUUUGCAAUCGGCAGUGCGGGGAUUACAGCAAGGGGGGAAGGAGGAAGGAAAAGCAAUUUCCUGACACCCUCCUUGCCAAUAAGCACAGAUCCUGUAAGGAAAUAAGAUGCCAUGCAGGGCAGAGGACUGGUUUAAGCUGGGUUCAAAUAAUGAUAAAUCUAUGAACCUGCACCUUCCUGGAAGGAUGGGCACGGAUGGGGGGUUACCCACAUCAUCUAUGCUGCCUCUUGCAGAAGCAGGGUGAUGCUGAGAGAAGGUGAUUACAAAAGCUCAACAUUAUUUUCUUGCUGGCACCUGAGUAACUUCAUAUAGAUGUAACUAUGGGCUGCCCUGUAAGGAAUACAGCCUUGUCUACCCUUCCCAUCACUGUAUUUCGCUCACAAAAAUAAAAACGUAGCUAUUAAGCAACUCUUA